GACGACGUCGUGGAAGGCAAAGAGAACCGGUUCCUCUUUCUGGUGACUGAACUCUGGGUUCCCAAAUCCCAAUCGUGCUUUGACGGCAGAGAUCCGAUCUGCUUGCCAUCGCUCGCAGACAUAGAGUGAGGUGACUCUCCCACACCACAGUGUCGGCGAGCUGCGAAUAACCACAGAAAGGAGGAUCACAACAACGUGAAUACGGUGAUGGAUCCGGCGACUACGCCUCUGGGACAAAUGCUAUUGGAGGAGAUCACUCCGGUGGUGAUGGUCCUUUCAACUCCUUCCGUCGAAGAAGCAUGCCUCAAGAACGGCCUCUCCUUCCUUCAGAUGCUCACGCCAUUCUGCUCCUUCAACAACAUCGACGUUCCUGUUAGGACGGCCAGUGACCAACCCUAUCGCCUUCACAAGUUCAAAUUGCGUUUGUUUUAUGCUUCCGAUGUUAGGAAGCCCGAUUUGAAGGUAGCUAAAGAGAAAUUGAAGCAAGUUAUCGCAGAGGCAGGGGAGAAAGUUCUUUCCGAGUCUUGUUCGGAUGUGCCAGAAAGUAAUCAUGAACUUGAGAGUUCUGAACAUGGAAAUACACCAUCCUGGUUUCAGUUUCUCAAUGAAGAGCUUGUUCGUAUGGCUUCCUUUUCAGAUCAUGAAGCUUUUGACCAUCCUGUGGCAUGUCUUCUAGCUGUUUCUUCAAAGGAUGAGCAGCCUAUUAACAGAUUUGUUGAUCUUUUUAAUACCAACAAGGUUCCUUCCCUUCUUAAUGAUGGUGCAAUGGAUCCAAAGAUUUUAAAGCAUUACUUGUUAGUGCAUGAUAAUCAAGAUGGCCCUGUAGACAGCAGGGCAAGUAAAAUAUUGACAGAAAUGAGGAGUACAUUUGGUACAAGUGACUGUUUGUUGCUUUGCAUUAAUUCCUCCCUGGAUGCUCCAAUCAAACAUCAAGAUAAUCCUUGGGCUUCAUAUAUAACUGAUGCCUCACCUAGUCAAGAUCUUGGUUGCUUUCUUAAAAUUGACGACAUCAAUGAGAUCAAAGAUCUAAUGCAAGAUUUAUCAUCUAAGCACAUCAUUCCAAAUAUGGAGCAAAAGAUCCGUGUACUCAAUCAACAGGUUUCUGCAACGCGAAAGGGGUUUAGAAACCAAAUAAAAAAUUUAUGGUGGAGAAAAGGGAAAGAAGAUGGUGCAGAUUCUCUCAAUGGUCCUACGUAUAACUUUAAUUCCAUUGAAUCCCAGAUUCGAGUUUUGGGUGAUUAUGCUUUCAUGUUACGAGAUUAUGAACUUGCGUUGUCAAAUUAUCGCUUAAUUUCCACAGAUUACAAGAUUGAUAAGGCCUGGAAGCGUUAUGCUGGUGUGCAGGAAAUGAUGGGACUUACGUACUUCAUGUUGGAUCAAUCAAGAAAGGAAGCUGAGUAUUGCAUGGAAAAUGCUUUUAACACAUAUUUAAAACUUGGAUCAUCAGGCGAGCAAAAUGCAACACGAUGUGGUUUGUGGUGGAUAGAAAUGUUGAAGGCACGUGAUCAACAUAAGGAGGCAGCUACUGUUUAUUUUCGUAUUUGUGGUGAGGAUAUCCUGCAUUCUGCUGUGAUGCUUGAACAAGCAUCAUACUGCUACUUGCUGUCUAAACCCUCCAUGUUACGCAAAUAUGGAUUUCAUCUGGUGCUUUCUGGGGAGCAGUAUAAAAAGUGUGAUCAGAUUAAGCAUGCGAUUCGAACAUACAGAAGUGCUCUAUCUGUUUUUGGAGGAACUACUUGGAGUUAUAUCAAUGAUCAUGUUCAUUUUCAUAUAGGACAGUGGUAUGCUUCUCUUGGGAUGUAUGAUGUGGCUGUCAAGCAUAUGAUGGAAAUCUUGGCCUGUAGUCACCAGUCCAAGACAACACAGGAAUUAUUCCUGGGUGAUGUUCUUCAAAUUGUGGAGAAAACUGGACGAACUUUUGAGGUAACAAAACUUCAAUUGCCUGUAAUUAACAUCUCGUCACUCAAGGUCAUCUUUGAAGAUUACCGAACUUUUGGAUCUUCUUCAGCUGCUAAUGUUAGAGAAGGCUUGUGGCAUUCUUUGGAGGAAGAAAUGAUACCGUCAUUCUCUGCUGCCAAGACUAAUUGGUUGGAGUUGCAAUCAAAGCUUAUCUCAAAAAAACACAAUCAGUCAAAUGUUUGUGUUGCAGGCGAAGCUGUGAAGGUGAAUAUUGAAUUCAAAAAUCCUCUGCAAAUCUCAAUUCCCAUAUCUGGUGUUACACUCAUAUGCAAGUAUUCUGCUAGUACUGAUGAAGUUAGACCAGUUGAAAAUGUUUCAAGUGUGGAGAAUAAUGAGAUUGACCACUUCAGGGAUAUGAACUCAGACAACUCUUCAUAUUUGGUGUCUGGGGUUGAUUUCUUACUAGGAGGGGGUGAAACAACCAUGAUUCAACUAUCAGUUACUCCCACGGCAGAAGGUACUCUUGAAAUUCUUGGUGUUAGGUGGAAACUGUCAGGUACAAUAGUUGGCUUUCACAACUUUGAGCUGAAUCACCCAAAGAAGAAUAUUGUGAAAGGAGGAAGGAAAGCAAAAUACUUGCCAAAUGAAAAAUUUAAAUUUACAGUGAUUAAGAGCAUACCCAAGCUUCAGGGUUCCAUUCACCCUUUCCCUGGAAAGGCCUAUGCUGGAGAUUUACAGCAGCUUGUUUUGGAGUUGAGGAAUCCAUCAGAGUUUCCUGUUAAGAAUCUGAAGCUGAAGAUAAGUCAUCCUAGAUUCCUGAUUAUUGGGAAUAAGGAAACUAUGAAGUCAGGGUUUCCUGCUUGCUUAACAAAGAAGUCAGAUUCAGUACAAAGUGAUGCACAUGCUAAUUCUAAUCUCAUGUCUGACACAGUCUUUUUGUUUCCAGAAGGCACUUCAGUUCAAGGGGAAACACCGUUCUUGUGGCCUCUAUGGUUUAGAGCUGCUGUUCCAGGUGAUAUAUCACUUUACAUGAGCAUAUAUUAUGAGAUGGGAGAUAUAUCAAGUGUAAUCAGAUAUCGCACUCUUCGCUUGCAUUACAAUGUGCAGGUAUUACCAUCAUUGGAUGUCUCGUUUCAAAUUAGUCCUUCUCAAUUAAGAUUACAAGAGUUUCUUGUUAAAUUGGAUGUUGUUAACAAGACUAGCUCAGAAAGUUUCCAAGUUUAUCAGCUAUCAUCUGUUGGGCACCACUGGGAAAUCUCAUUACUUCAACCUCCUGAUGCUAUUUUUCCUUCCCAAUCAUUGAUGGCUGGUCAAGCAAUAUCAUGUUUUUUUACACUAAAGAACUCAAGGUUUUCAACAUUGGAGGACAAUGUAUCUACAUUGCCUAUCAGAAGUGACGUAAAGUUGGUUUCCCAAAGCAGUGAGGAUUUAGUUUAUGACAUAAACUCUGCACCUUUAGUCAAUUUCCACCAUUGUGAAAGAUCGCAACAGGAAGUGUCACAUGAGGGUGACUUAAAUACUGUGGAUUUUAUAUUGUUCUCUCGGCUUCUGAAGAGUAAGAACAAUCCUGGUUUAUCUGAUCCUCCUCGUGUUAUGUCUCAUCAUGCAUGCCACUUCAGCACUGCUAGCACCGGCCCUAUUUCAUGGCUAGUGGAUGGACCUCAAACCUUGCAUCAUGAUUUCUCUGCAUCGUUCUGUGAAAUAAAUCUGAAGAUGCACCUUUACAAUUCAUCUGGUGGCAUUGCUUUUGUGCGCAUUAACACCUUAGAUUCUGCUGGUAAUGGUGGACAUAUGAACAGUGUAACUGUGGCUCCUGAUAACCAAGCAGGGUGGCAUGAUAUAACCCCAGGGAAUGAACAAAAAGUCGCAUCAAAUGUUAUUGAAACGCAAUCAGGAAAGGCAUUAUCAUUAGAAAGUGUCUCCCCAUAUAUUUGGUGUGGAUCAAGCUCAACCAACCUCCACAUUGAGCCUAUGUCUUCGGCAGAAAUUCCUCUUCAGAUAUGUGUAUUCUCUCCUGGGACAUACGACCUGUCAAAUUAUGUUUUGAAUUGGAAACUUCCAUCUGAUGGUCAGAGAGACAGUGAUGAAACGAGACAGCGUUCAGGCAAGUGCCAAGGUUAUAAAUACUAUCUUACUGUGCUCCAGUCCGCUUGAGAACUUGGAAAAUGUGCUGCUAUACAUUUAUCUCUCAUUCUAGAAAUUUAGAUGUGAUUUGUAACCAGGGGCUGUAUAUAUUAUAUACGUUUCCAUGUACUGUUAAAACGUCAAUAGGAACAAGGAACCGUGUAAAAGUUAGGUGGAAAAAGUGGUAGAGCGCAAGUUCUUUUUGUCCAAACAAUAACGACGGUGAAAAUAUACAAUUCAUUGAACAGGAUAGCGUAUUUGGACUGGCCAAGUUUGAGAAAAAAAGUUAUAUGGAAGUAUAUCUGUGAAGACAAUCUUAAAUUUUUUGUAUGCCCUACGGUUAACCAAGGAUGAAAUGACAGAGUGGAGCACGGGUAAUCGAAUCAGAGUUUUUAACCCGAUAGGUGGAUGUACGCGUAAGCGUGGCAAGAAUUGGUUACAUCUAAUAUUUUGAGCGUAAUUCAUGGAGCAUUGGACCGAUUGGUCUUUCUAAUUUUUCUGCAUACACGAUCAGAAGCCGUUCGGAGUGCUUUAAUUUUAUGAAUUUUACUGAGUUGUAAGACAGGAAGGGUAUACUGCUACACUGUAAAAAGUUGUUAUUUCAGAAUUAAUGGUAUAAUUUGAUCAUAAAGUAUGAAACUUUAUUGUUAUAAUAAUGUGAUUUCUUUUAUUUAGUGAUAAUAUUAAUAUAACAAGUUUUACAUUGGAUUAACUUAAAAGCUGAACUCCAGUUUUUCAGCAAGGUUAGUUUCAGUAUCCAUGUGAAACUUUGCGGGGUAUGUAGGUUGGUCUAGUCGGAGCUUAAA